CCUAUAGCACUCACACAAAAACAAACCAAACAUAACUUAUGACAUCAGGUCACGCGAAUUUCAAUUCCUGGAUGGCGGUUCAGAGUUAAUCCCACUUCCACGCCGGAUUUCUAAAAAAGGGGGCUGGCUGGCAAAAGGACGACAACACCGGAUUGAGGAAAUUGACGAGGGCAAACCAUGUGCAAAACAAAGUUGUUCAAUGCUGAUAACCAUACAACCUGAUGAACCACAGGUCACUCCGCUCAAGCCGCCCAGAGGGGGUCCAUCUCUGUCCCGGAGAAAAUCCCUUCCCGAGACUGACCGAAAGGCAGCAGCCCUGUGGACAGACGCUCUCCGGCUCCCCGCAUCCGCGAUGUCUUUCCUUCUGCUCACAGUCUUGUCCUCAUUUAUAGUGGGAGAUGUUGAAGCGUGGGGCGCCAAUGUGAAGUACGCAGUAAACUGCCCCGAGAGAUGUAACGUGGAUCUGUGUGGCGGGACACAACGCUGCAGACGGACCGUCCUGGAUGACUGCGGCUGUUGCCAGGUCUGUGCAGCCGGCAGAGGGGAGCACUGCUACCGCACGGUAUCCGGGAUGCACGGGGUGAAGUGCGGACCAGGAUUAUUCUGUGAGUUCUACAAGGAUGAGGACGAUUAUGGAGACGAAUACGGCAUUUGCAAAGACUGUAUGUAUGGGACCUAUGGGAUUGAGUGCCGAAAGACCUGCAACUGCAAAGGAGGCAUCUGUGACAGGGAGACCGGGGCUUGUCUUACCCUCAAAUUCUUUGCCAAAAUUGCCAGCAAGCUCAAGACUCAGCCACAAGCAGGGGGCGAGGUGGGCUCAGGAGAAGUCAGCAACAACCAGCACACAGACCAGCACACAGACAGAUCCACUGCUCCUAAGUGGCUCAAUCCUCGCUGACAAGUGCCAACAAGACUGAAUCUAUUUAGUGUAAAUACAGCAUAAUAUUAACUUAUAAAUGAUUGAAGGAUAUAUUUUAUUAUGUUAAAAAAACAAAAACUUUUUUACAACAUUUUGAAGUCAUUUUUUUCCUCCCUCAUUUGGUCUUUAUUUUAUACCCACCACUUUGUUCUGAUGAAAUAUUCAGACUGCAGUUCAUCAAAUCAAAGGCGAAUGCGCUUCAGAUUCACAUUUUAUAGAGUAAGAUAAUUAAAUUUAUUGUUUCAUCUUCAGGUGUUUCCCAUGUUUGCUAGCAAUGAAGACUUGAUUCUCUCAUUUUAUGUGCCUUUAUACGAUAUUGUUGAGGAAAUAACCUACCAGUUUGAAAGACAUGUCACAAGAAAACACAGUGUUGUAUGGUUUGCAAACAGGACAAAACAGUAUUUUUUCACAUGUUAAAAUUAUUUCAUUGCACUAAGUCGUCAUACUGUUUGUUCUCUUUAAUGGUCUUUUAUUUAUAUAUCUGAAAUGCUGACAAGGAAAAUGUCUUGUAUAUUACACCAGCCAAUGUAAAGGAUGCUGUCAUAAUUAAACCAAAG